CUCCCCUUCUCUUACCCUCCUCCGCUUCACCUCUGCGCUGCCCCCCUCCUCUCCAGUCUCCCCCACCAAUCCUUGUUCAUUUUUUUUAAUCGAAGCGACUCCGCGCCCAGCUCGUCGUGGGAGGGCGGGAGCGCGCGCGGGGGGCCUAGGGUUUCCGCGGGCGAUGGAGGCGGCGGCGGCGGUCUCUUCCGCGUCGGCCUCGGCGUCCGCGGGCCGGUCGCGCCCAUCCACCAGCGCCGCGCAGGUUACCAGUAUUACGGGUGUGCGAGCUGAAGAAGAAAAUGCUGCCUCCCCCUAUGUUUUAUCUGUAAUUGAUUCAUUGAAGAAGAGGAUUACUGCAGAUCGUUUAACGUACAUCAAGAACAGAAUAGGGGAGAACAAGGCUAACCUCGGCACCUUUACACAGAGGACUUACAAUUUGUCAAAAAACAGGCAAAAUAAUACAUCAAAGGGUACUGAUUUAGCACCAAAUUUGCUCACGAAAAGGCAAGAUGAUGCGCUAUGCACCCUGCAUAGUGUUGAUAUUUGUCCUGCUGACAAAGACGGUAGCAAUUUUCAAGAUGAAGGUCCUUUCUCCUCAUCGAAUGUUAUUUUGGGUGGAAAUAUCAGUGCAAAGAAUGCUAUCCGACCAAUUAAACUACCAGAAGUGUCAAAGCUUCCACCCUAUACAACGUGGAUAUUUUUGGACAGGAACCAGAGAAUGUCAGAAGAUCAAUCAGUACUUGGUCGGCGGAGGAUUUACUAUGAUACCAGUUGUGGCGAAGCACUAAUUUGCAGUGAUAGCGAAGAUGAAGCCAUUGAGGAUGAGGAGGAGAAAAAAGAAUUUAAGCAUUCAGAAGAUUGCAUUAUUCGGAUGACUGUUCAAGAGUGUGGUAUGUCAGAUUCUGUUUGGCAAACGCUGGCACAAUAUCUUGAGAGGGCUACUGAUGACAUAAAGGCCAGGUAUGAGAUCCUGCAUGGUGAGAAAACUCAGGAUUCUUAUAAGAAAGUGACUGAGCAAAAUGCCAAAGUGGAAGAUUUGUACGGUGACAAAGAUUUGGACGCAGCAUUGGAUUCCUUUGACAAUCUCUUCUGUCGACGAUGUCUAGUUUUUGAUUGUAAGCUACACGGGUGUUCUCAAGAUUUAGUAUUUCCUACAGAAAAACAGCCAGCUUGGAAUGGCAUUGCUGAUGGUGUACCCUGUGGUCGUCAUUGCCAUAAACAGGCCUCUGAACCGGAUUCUGUAACUGCAAUUGAUCACAUGCUUAUUGAUGGUGAGGAACCAACUCACUCAUCAGGCAAUGCAACGAAUCAGCCAGGCACAAAUAGGAAAAAGAAUGGCUCCAGCGGAAGGAAGACUAAAUCUCAGCAAAGUGAAACCUCUUCAACUGCAAGGGCUGUCUCAGAAAGCAGUGACUCAGAAGUACAUCCAAUAAGCAAUAAAUCUCCACAGCCCUCCCCUAGUCCCUCAAAAGUUAAAAUUGGCCCAAAAGGUGGAAUCAGAAAGAUUACCAAUAGAAGAAUCGCUGAGAGAAUUCUUAUGAGUGUGAAAAAAGGUCAAAGAGAAAUGGCAUCGUCGGAUUCUAAUUCUGUUAGUGAAUCCCCUUUGGCAGCAAGGGACACAAGGGUUCUGCUUAGAUCUGAUGCACGAAAUGGAAAUAAAGAAUCAAUUGUAUCCUCUCAAUACACUCCAAGCACAAGAAGUACUAGAAAGAAGAGUACACCUCAAGUUGGGAAUAGCUCAGCUUCAGCUGAAGCUCAGAAUGAUUCAAUGGAAGAAGAUGGUUACGAUAGUUCAAGGAAAGAAGAAUUCGUUGAUGAGAAUAUAUGCAAACAAGAGGAUAACUUUAGAUCCUGGAAGCCAAUUGAGCAGGGACUUUUGGUCAAAGGAUUAGAGAUUUUUGGAAGGAACAGUUGUUUAAUUGCUCGGAACCUUCUUGGGGGAAUGAAGACAUGCAGAGAUGUUUUUCAGUAUAUGAAUUAUGUUGAAAACAGCAGUGCAUCUGGAACUCUUAGUGGUGUUGAUUCUCUUGUUAAAGGAUAUAUAAAGGGUAAUGAGUUGCGCUCGAGAUCGAGGUUUUUCAGAAGGAGAGGUAAAGUGCGUCGUUUGAAGUACACCUGGAAAUCUGCAGGUUACCAUUCUAUAAGGAAAAGGAUUACAGAAAGGAAAGAUCAGCCCUGUCGACAAUAUAAUCCUUGUGGUUGUCAAUCUGCAUGUGGGAAGCAGUGUCCAUGUCUCACAAAUGCGACAUGCUGUGAGAAAUACUGCGGGUGUUCCAAAAUUUGCAAGAACCGUUUUCGAGGCUGUCAUUGCGCAAAGAGUCAGUGUCGCAGCCGCCAAUGCCCGUGCUUUGCUGCUGAUAGGGAAUGUGAUCCUGAUGUUUGCAGAAAUUGCUGGGUUGGGUGUGGUGACGGUACGUUGGGAGUUCCAAACCAGAGGGGAGAUAAUUAUGAAUGCCGGAACAUGAAACUGCUUCUCAAACAACAACAAAGGGUCUUACUUGGAAGAUCCGACGUUUCUGGCUGGGGAGCGUUCCUGAAGAAUAGUGUCAGCAAACAUGAAUAUCUUGGUGAGUAUACCGGAGAACUAAUCUCCCACAAGGAGGCAGAUAAGCGUGGAAAGAUAUAUGAUCGUGAGAAUUCAUCGUUUCUUUUCAACCUGAACAAUGAGUUUGUUCUUGAUGCAUACAGAAUGGGUGACAAGCUGAAAUUUGCCAACCAUUCCCCUGAUCCGAAUUGCUAUGCCAAGGUUAUCAUGGUAGCUGGUGAUCAUAGAGUGGGCAUAUUUGCCAAAGAAAGAAUCCUCGCAGGCGAAGAGUUGUUUUAUGAUUACCGCUACGAGCCUGACCGAGCCCCUGCUUGGGCCCGAAAGCCGGAGGAUUCCCGAGGAAAGGAUGACGGGCAACCAUCCAAUGGGCGCGCAAAGAAGCUCGCCCAAAAUACCAGAGGCUGA